CAGCAGACCGGCUGUCCCGAGCUGCGCUGAUCCUUCACUCUCAGGCUGGGAGAGCCUGCUGCCUCCCCUUUAUCACUGGCCACCUGCCUCUCCGAGAAUAACACAGCGGCGUCAAAACGACCAGGGCGAGCAGAGCCAACCUCUCCGGCUUCCAGUACCGUCACUCCCCCCGCACCCCCGUCCUGCUGCGCACAGGGCGCACUUGGUGACCCGGGUUUGUUGUCGUUACCAGCAGAGGAGCGCUCAGCGACCAGAGCCGUCUAGCUGGUACAGCUCUCAUCGAACCGGGCUACCCCCUCAGAGGAGCCACUUGCAUGGAUGCACCAUGGCCACGUUUGUUUGCAGGGUUCAGUUUUUAGAUGACACCGAUCCGUUCAACAGCACCAAUUUCCCAGAACCGACGAGACCGCCGCUGUACACCUUCAGGGAGGACAUCCCACUCAUCAACCAGUUAGCAGGCGUCCACCGGCUGCUCAAAGCUCCUCACAAGCUUGAUGACUGCACGCUGCAGCUUUCCCACAAUGGCACCUAUUUGGAUCUGGAGUCCUCUCUGUCAGAGCAAAGGGACGAGCUGGAAGGCUUUCAGCAGGAUGAAACAGGGUCCAGAGGGAAGAAGCACAGUGUUAUUCUACGGACCCAGCUGACCGUCCGUGUACACGCCUGCAUCGAACGACUGUACAACUCCAAUGGACGUGACUUGAGACGGGCACUGUUCUCUCUAAAGCAAAUUUUUCAGGAUGACAAAGAUCUGGUCCACGAGUUUGUGAUGGCUGAAGGUCUGACGUGUCUCAUCAAGGUGGGAGCAGAAGCUGACCAGAAUUACCAGAACUACAUAUUAAGAGCUCUGGGGCAGAUCAUGCUGUAUGUAGACGGGAUGAACGGUGUCAUCGGGCACGCUGAGACAAUCCAGUGGCUGUACACUCUUGUUGGCUCAAAGUUUCGUCUGGUGGUGAAAACAGCUUUGAAGCUGUUGCUGGUGUUUGUGGAGUACUCAGAGUCCAACACCCCUCUGCUGAUAGAAGCCAUCACCUCCGUGGACACCAGGAGAGGCUGCAAGCCGUGGUCCAACACUAUGGAGAUCUUGCAUGAGAAGGAUGGAGUGGACACAGAGCUGCUGGUCUAUGCCAUGACCCUCAUCAAUAAGACGCUUGCCGCACUGCCUGACCAGGAUUCAUUCUACGAUAUGGUGGACGGUCUGGAGGAACAAGGCAUGGAGACAGUGUCCCAAAGGCACCUGGGGCGGAAAGGCACUGAUCUGGACUUGGUUGAGCAGCUCAACAUCUAUGAGAUGACCUUACGGCAUGAAGACGGCGAUGACAACAGCCAGCCUCCACCAACAGGACGCCAGGACCGCCGACGCGUCAGCCUCGGGGACGGGGACAAAAAGCGUGGUCUGGAGAGGAGGCGGAGCCGCAGGGCCUCUCUUGGGCGGUCCGGUCACGCCUCGCCCUGCAGCCCCGCGUCCCCACAGAGAGCCGGCUUCCAGCCUUUCAGUGGGCAGAGAGCUGAGGACAUAAGUGAGAGCCCGACUAGACAUCUUCAAUCCGUAGUUCACCGAACAACGGUCCAGUCCAUCACCAUCACUUCCAGAAAGGAGAAUAUAAAAGAGGAGGAGCAGAGGAAUCAGACUGAACCACUUCCAGCACCCACCCUCCACUGCCCCUCUACCCGCACCUCCUCUCCUCCCAUCUCCUCCCCUCUCAGCCCCCCAGCCCAAACCUCCCUUCUGGCCUCGCUGCUGGCCAGGAAAAAGUCCAUUGUCACCGUCCCGGCUACCAGGGAGGUCAGCCCGCCAUCACGCUGCAGCUCCCGUCCCUCUCCUGACCGGCUCCCCUACCUGCCCCACUCGCCCUUUCACCUCUUCUCCUACGACCUCAAUGAGGAGCCGUCACCACCGUCACCGGCCAAACCAAGUGAAGAGUCACCCAAAACGACGUCUCCCAGGAAUGUCAUGUCCUACUCCUCUCUGAGCACCCCAAGCACGCCCACAGGCUCCAGGCCGGCUUUGGGAGGUCUACUGUCCUCUUCAUACCGACAACACCAGGAGUCUCUGGCAGCUGAGCGAGAGCGCCGCCGUGUGGAGAGAGAGGAGAGACUGCAGAGGAUAGAGAGAGAGGAGAGGAACAAGCACAGUCGCGGCUAUGUGGAUAAAAUGGAAGAGGCCAGACUUGCGCGGGAGGAGAGGUAUAAGAACGUGGAGCGUCUGGCGGCAGAGGAGUACGAGAGGGAGCACGUUAGGGUGUCGAGGACUCGCCCUGACCUCAACUUGACCUUUGAACCCUUGGAGGCCUGGCCCUCAUCAUCGCGCAGCAGCACCCCAUCCUCUUUCGCCUCCCAGGAGGACGCAGAGGCUGACCCCGAAGCCAGGACCCCAGCCACCCCCUACACGCCCUCUGAGACCGGAGAGGCUGAUGACUCCAGUGCCAGUCUAGAAGCAGAGGAAAAAGAGACCACUGUGGAAGAGGAGGAAGAACAGAAAGAGGAGGAAGAACAGAAAGAGGAGGAAGAACAGGAGGAAUUAGAGGAGGAAGCGUCAGCAGAGAAGGAGGAGGAAGCUGAAGAGUGUGAGCAGGAACCAGAGAAGGAGAAAGAGGAGGAGGAGGAGGACAGCGGCAUCCUGAGUGACAAGGAGCGACAGAAUGAGGAAGUGAAUGAGAAGGACAACUGCUCGGCCUCCAGCAUCUCCUCCGCCAGCAGCACUCUGGAGAGAGAGGAGAGGGGGAGCAACGAGAAUGGCUUUAAGGAGGCAGAAGUGAAUGAGCAGUGCAGCAAACUCCUCAACAGCAAGCUCUUCAUGCUAGACAUGCUGUACUCCCAGAACAAGAAGCCCAGUGAUGAGGAGGAGGAGGAAGAGGAUGCAGAGAAGGAGAAAGAGAAAGAAGAGGGAGAGGACAAAGAAACCGAGGAGAAUGCGGACGGGCCACUGGGCGAUGACCAGAAGACAAACAACAGAUCUGACAAAUCAGAGAACCGCGGGACUAUCCGACCAUUCGCCGAGCGGUUUGGAGACUUGAUCAAGGACCUCGUUUCGCCCCACCCUCACCUGGAUAUUCCAGCCCCUGAGCCCCCUCCUCCUCCACCCAAAAAGGAAUCGGACACGAUCUGGGACCAGCUCCUGGCCAGCCCUCGAGAGCUGCGCAUCGGGGACAUCAACUUCACCGACCUGACGGAGGACGAUGACAAGGACAUUCUGGAUGCUGUUUUGAUGGGAGGAUGCGGAGACCUCCCACCCCCGCCACCUCCUCCCCCUUGCAUUCCCUGCUUUCCUCCACCACCACCCAUGCUAGGCAGCUGCCCCCCACCCCCUCCAUUGAUUGGGAUUAUGAGGCCUCCUCCUCCCCCUUCCUUUAGUUCCUCAAUUCCAGUGCCUCCUCCCCCGGAGCCACCUCUUUUCAACAAGAAGAAGAAGACAAUCAGGCUCUUCUGGAGCGAGGUGCGGCCGACAGACUCUCAGUACAGGGACUACAAGCGGAGCGGAGACUCGCUCUGGUCCACACUGGAACCAGUGAAGUUGGACACAGCCAAACUGGAGCACCUGUUUGAAACGAAAUCAAAGGAAAUACCAGUUACAAAGAAAACAGCAGCAGACGGCAAGCGUCAGGAGAUCAUCGUUUUGGAUUCCAAGAGGAGUAACGCCAUCAACAUCGGUCUGACGGUGCUGCCUCCUCCUCGCACUAUCAAGACGGCCAUCCUCAACUUUGACGAGUACGCGCUCAACAAGGAGGGCAUAGAGAAAAUCCUGACGAUGAUCCCCACAGAGGAGGAGAAGCAGAAAAUCCAGGAGGCCCAGCUGGCCAACCCAGAUGUCCCGCUGGGCUCAGCAGAGCAGUUCCUCCUCACUCUGUCCUCCAUCAGCGAGCUCUCUGCCAGACUCCAACUCUGGGCCUUCAAGAUGGACUAUGAAGCAACUGAGAAGGAAGUAGCAGAGCCGCUGCAGGAUCUGAAGGAGGGUAUGGAACAGUUGGAGAAGAACAAAACACUACGCUACAUCCUCUCCACGCUGCUCUCUAUUGGAAACUUCCUUAAUGGCACCAAUGCUAAAGGCUUCGAGAUGACGUAUUUGGAGAAGGUUCCGGAGGUGAAGGACACGGUUCAUAAGCAGUCUCUGCUGCAUCACGUCUGCUCUGCAGUGGUUGACAACUUCCCUCAGAGCACCGACCUCUACUCCGAGAUCGGAGCCAUCACCCGGUCUGCAAAAGUGGAUUUCGACCAGCUGCAGGAGAACCUGUGUCAGAUGGAGCGGCGCUGCAAAGCCUCAUGGGACCACUUGAAGGUGAUCGCCAAGCAUGAGAUGAAGCCCCAGCUGAAGCAGAAGAUGUCUGACUUCCUCAAAGACUGUGCUGAGAGGAUCAUCAUCCUCAAGAUUGUUCACCGCAGGAUCAUCAACAGGUUCCAUUCGUUCCUGUUGUUCCUCGGUCAUCCGGCCUACAGUGUGAGAGAGGUCAGCGUCCACAGGUUCAGUAAAAUCAUCAGCGAGUUUGCGCUGGAGUACCGAACUACCCGAGACCGCGUGCUGCAGCAGAAACAGAAGCGAGCAGACCAUCGCGAACGCAACAAGACCCGAGGAAAGAUGAUCAUGGACGUCAACGCUCCUUCUGAUGAUGAAGAGGAGAGUGAGUGUGGUCGGCAUGGCUCCACCAGUAACAACAGCGCCCCUAGUGGCAGCCAGGAGAGCGAGCAGCCUCUGGGUCUGGGCCACUCUGAGGAUGCUGCAGAGCACGAGCACAUGAAAGCGGUACUGAGAACCAGCAUCAGCGGCGGUGACAAGGAGCCCGCUGGCGUACCAGGGCUUCGGACACGGACAAGGUCCAGGCCUGGACGGGGAGGUCGCAGUAUGCAGUCUUGGACACCAGCCGUGGAAGAAGCUCAGAUCUGUGGAGACGACGCCGCAGACGACAUCAUGGAGCGUAUAGUGAGGUCGGCCACUCAGGGUCCAGGAACCAGAGCCCAACCCCGCGAGAGGAGGAGGUCCAGGGCCAACCGCAAGUCAUUGAGGCGGACCCUGAAGAACGGACUGACCCCAGAAGAAGCACUUGCUUUAGGACUAACCGAUUCCCCGGAUACAUCGAUGUGAUCAUCCACCCUCCCGCCUGUCCUCAUUUCCAUGGAAACAAAGCCACAAUCAUCGAGUAGACGUCUGCCUUCAUCACCUUUACAGCGUCAUAUUUCACCUGCCACAAACCCCUUUUAGGUUUUUGCCAGCUGCUAAUUUUGCCUGAUGUGUCUGAGUCCUGAAGCCGCGGCCAUGUUAGUGUUUUUUAAUGCAACACAAAGAAAAAUUCUUCCCUAAGAAAAAGUGGAAAUGAAGAAAGAGAAUGCGUCGAUUAAGGACUUACGUGUUCAACCUGGCAAGGGAACGGAAAUUUGUAUUCAGUGACGCUGCCUCUACGCUGAAAUGAAACCCUUCCUAUUUAUCUAAACAUAUAUUUGAAAUGUUGCAUUAGUCCAAAAGGUAAUUUUUGCUUGUGAGUUUCUGCAGCUGUGACGCCACCAUUUUUCUGUAAUUUAAGCUGUGAAUUUCAGUUUGUAAAGAUUCACUGGCUGAAGAGGAAGUUUGAUUUGUUCUCAUCCAGUUUCAAAGAAUCCCAAGAGAUCACCAACAAACAAAGAGGCUUACUAAGAAUGAUCCUUUGUGAAAAGGCAAAUGUUUGCUUCUGCAGCUGCACGUUUGACAAGUGACGUGUGUAUUUGUGUUUAGUAGGAAUGUGAAAGGUUUUCAAUCUGACGUGUGCCUUUCAUUUAAAACGCCAGCUCUCACUCGUUUCAUUCACCUCCUACUUCUCAGCUAACUCACAAAUGUCACAUUCACAGGUGUAGUUAUAUCCAGUGUUGAUAUGAGUGUUGAUUACAAUUCACUUUUUUUAAUUUUUUGGCAACAUUGAUCUCAGUAUUUAUUUGCAAAGCUCGGACAUCUUGCACCUUACUCAACAUGAACAGUUACUCAUUCUGAAAUGAACGACUGAUUCAAAACACAGAAAAAAAGGAAGUUUUUAUCUCAGAGGAGCCAUUUGUAAAGUGUAAAAAGACAAAAAGAUGUUCUUUUUGGUUGUUUUAACAAUCUAUUUUGAAGGACAUGCAGAGAAUUCUGCAUAAAAUGUGUAAAUGCCCUUUCAGCUGCCAGGUACUUGUAGUACUACAGUGUGGAUGUUUAGUGCGGUUCAUGUGAUGUAUUAUUUUUGUAAUUUCUGUAGAAACUUGUAUUAUAGUCUGAGAGAAAGGGUUAAAAACAAUGGGAUAUUCUGUGAAUUGUUAUAAAAGAAUAAAAUAUGUGGUUAUAGCUGAAAUAUAAGUAUUGCUCUGUGCUCAGAGAGAGGAGCGGUACUCUGACAUUUCCCUCGAACUAUGUGGUCACAUUGUACUUUGUAUGAACUUGAACAGGUUGUGGAUAAUGUAAGUCCCAGCUGAACCAUCUGCUCCUCUCACAGUACAUCAAAAACUGGGAAAUAUUGCUGCAUAAAUAUCAUGUAGUGGGCAGGACACAAAACCGUUGUUACAAAUACUUUCACUUGAAAUGCCGUGUACACGCAUUCUGCAAUAAUAAAAGAAAAGGAUGUGCAUGUCA